AUGGGGGAUGCCGAGUUCUAUCCAGAGGCUCCCCCCUCCUCGGCGUCUUCUAUUCCGAAGCCUCAGCAGCAACCCGUGGAAGAAGGCGGCGAGGCAAGCCCCUCAGGCCUUCUCCGUCUGCGGAACGCAGAGAGCCCUAUGCAUGUGCCUUGCGCUGCUCAGCCUCCUCCUUGUGCGUCCUUGUGUGUCUUUCAUGAGGCACCUAAUAGUCCAUCCCUCCGCAUGAUUAUCCCCUGCACCGCGAGAGAGUGCACACUGCAGCUAGAACUCGGACUUGCACGUGUUUUUGCGCAUGCUGCUUGCCGUUUGCUGUGUUUCUCAGACACCGCUGUUGCAGACGGCGAUAUCCCGGGGGGGGCGCUACUCCCCGGUAGGCAGCGCAUCCUCGUGAGUGCGGCACGGCAGCUUGCAUCGAGCGAGCUGCUAGUGGAAGGCCUAGACGUCUGCGCUGUGGAUAUUUAUACCCACGCGCUGCCUCCGCCCUCCUUGCCACCUUCUAUAGGGCCUAUACAGGCGGAAGAGGCCUCGCCUAAGUCUCAGCACUCUCGGAGGCAUGGCGUGGAGUUUUUGCGAGUUCAUGCGCUUCUCCAGGCAGCCGUAGGUGCAGAGCAGGACCUAGUUGUUGUUGCCCUCCACCAGGUGGACACGCGGCACAGACACGCAUGGGCUGCAUGUGUUGCUGCUGCCUUUGCCGCUGCGGAGGGGCAAGCGGCGGCUGCUUUCCAGAUGCAUCUGCUUGGUCCCAAGGCAUUCUCUGCAGCAAGUGGCACGAAUGCUGCUACCGCGCAGCGAAGUGCAUGUCUCACCAAAUACGAGCAAAUCGUCCCGCUUGAUGCCUGCCCGCACAACAAUCAGCUUCUCCUGGUGUACGUACACCCCAGCCAUCUGCACAAGGUCACCUUGCUGAGUAUUGCAAAAUCGCGUCUUGGCGCUUACUGCUGCCGAGAGCUGCAGCAGAAUUACACGCAGCAGUGGGGAGUCAGCUCUGCUGCUCUCGAGCGGCUUCGUGAGCAGGGGGAGCAGCGGAGGAGGCAGGAGGAGCUGCAGCAACAGCAGCAGCGGAUGGACUUGUUCUUCAACUUCAGCAAUUUCUUCGGGCUCGCCAAUGCGGGGGAGGCGGGCAGCACGGCUUCGGCGCCAGCUGUGAUGCUGUCAGCGGAUGAGACAUCGCGCCUAAGGAAUAAUACGCCAUCGGGAAGACGUCCAACAUCCCCUUUGAUGGGUCUAAGCAGCCAUUCCAAACGGGAGGCACGGCGGCAACAGCGGCUUGACCGCCAGCGGUUGGAGGACCGCAUAUGUUGCAACAACACCUGCUCACUCCAGCCCAGUAGAGUGUGCAGCAGCGACAGCGGCGACGCUGGUGACUAUGGAUGCGGCUGCGAGGUGUACAGGGAGGUGUUUGCGUAUGGGGGGGUGGCAGCGCGGCUCCUCAUAGGGGCAACACCUGUGAUCGUUGCCUGCAUCGACCUGAAGCUGUCAGAGAGCCCCUUAGAGGUUUGCGGAAAGUCGCGUGUCUGUGUCACCUGCGGACGACAAACGCUGCAACAGGAGGAGAGUUCGGGUGCCUUAGCGGCAGGCGCAGAAGGCAGCAGCGAGCUGCAUUCCUCGGAGAAGGGGGUUCUUGCAGAGCAGCGGAGAAACGCAGCAUCAGCCUGGAGGCGGCAGGUGACCCUGGCUGUGCAGCGGCAGCAGCUGCUAACAAUCUUGUCCGACCUCCGCUUUGAAACGGAGUGUGGCUGGACUUCCGCUUUGGAGCUGAAACCGCUGCUUGUUCUAGGUGCAUGCCAUCGAGAUGUCUACGCUGGGGCGGUACGGCAGAGUGCGCGAGACGUUGCCGCAGCAGGAGCUCUCGCUGCAAGUGAAGUUCGUCCAAAUUCCGCAGCGGCAGGACGGCGGCGUCGCCUCGUAGAGCUGGAAGACUUGGGCGUCCGCACGUGCGAAGACAGGCAUUUUUUCUUCUAUCGCACUCCGGCAAGGGCAGGAAAUCCCCUUCUGAGCAUCGUUGAGGGGGGCCACGCUGCGGAGUGGAGGCGACCAGCCUGGAAUAGGGGGAGCGCGUUCACCGAUGCUCCUUAUUACCAGCGCGAAGGCGUCAUUACUCGCUUCUGGCUCAGAUGGAUGUCUUUCCGCUUGCUCGUCGAGGCUGUCGAUAUGGAGCGCGUUAAGAAGCAGUGUCACGAGCUGCGGCAGAUCCUCCCUUGCGGCGUGUGUGUUUCGUGUGUGUUUUUGCUGCAGCAGGAGGGCCGCUCCCUCAGCAAGCUGCUAGUAGACCCCCCUUUGCUGCAACUCCCACCUGUGCGUGCGUUCGAGCCGAUGCAGCUCAAGAUUUGUCUCUCGAAUCCCCACGCCUCGUUGCCGACUGCUUACGCGGUGUACUGCCUCUCAGACUCAGGCAGGUCCAUCGUGCCCCUGUCGCAUGUAUCGUACUGGCAUGGAGCUGUCUGGCGUCGCUGGGAAGGCAGAGGCGCUGACGAGCAGCCCCUAGGCUCUGCUCGGCAGAUGGUGCAAUCCAGAGGCGACAUGCAAGAGCAGCAACGAGAGCAGCAGCACGACAUGUUGCUCCACGAGCAGCAGCGCUUACAGGAUGAGGCCCGCAGCAGUGCAAGACGCCAUGACAUCGACUCAAUGCAGGCUACGCCACGUUUGGAAAGCGGACCGUAUGCAGUCACAAGCGAAAAAGACUUGGGGGCGGUGCUGCGGAGGCGAGUCCGCCUGGAGAGGUGGCUAUUGAUGGACUCGCUGCAAGGAUUUUUAAGAGGCGGCGAGACGCGGGUGGUUUCCAUCACGCUAAACAUUCAGGAGGGCAUUUACACUGCUCACGAGCUUGCAUGUGGUGUUCUGGUGAUUAGAUUGGUUGAUUCUCGGCAGGAUUUCUUCUGUUGCCUGGCGGCUUCUCUCAUGCCUUCCCUGCUGGGAGCUGAGCUGCACCCUCUGGCAAUGCUUGGGCAGAAGGCCCUUCUUCCGGAAGCCAGUGACCUCUCCAAAGGCAGCGGCGAGUCGUCCACAGAGGAGGGCGCUGCCGCGGCGCUAAAGUGUGCACCAGCUUUGGAGGUGACGCAAGAGGAAGAAGGGAGGGAGCUAAAGUCUUCAGCGUGCAGCCGAGGCAAGGCAGAGGACUCCAGCGAAUCUAAACCCCAGCUUCCGCUACCCAAGGAGCUGUGGUGGUUGCUGAUGCAUCUAUACAGCAAAACACAAGCAGCAGCCUCAUCCGCUGAGAGGCGACGUCCUCGGAACUGUGGUGGCUGGAAGGGCGAGCUCAAGCGCAAGCAUCACCCCCAAGACAGCAUGACAAGAAAGGGAAGGGAAGCGUCUUCUCAGGAAUCUCUACAGCGCGCUAAAAGCAGCUUCCAAAACAGGUGCACGGACGAGGAUAGUGCUUGCAGCAACAGGCCUAACAUCGCCGAAUUCUUGAGGGCCUUUGGAGGCAACUCCCUUUCUUGGCCGUCAUUUCUGUCUGGCGCAGACACGUACAUGCAGCCGCAGCGGGAUCCGCACGACUUCUCCUGCACUGCAGAGACUGUUGGCGAGAACUGCGACUGCCGCGCCGUUCACGGCAGUGGCAGUCACAGAUGUCGGCACGAGAUGCCAGAGCGUCACGUGAGAAUGAUGCCCCCCAAUGCGGAGUGCGACCAAGAUGGCCUCCUGGAGCGUGAUGUCGCCUUCUUAAGGGCCUGUUUAGAACGAGGCGUUGCGAUCCCUGAGGGCGUCGGUCUGUGUGCCGCGCUGGCGCUUCUGGAGCAAUGGGGCGCUACGUGCUGCUUUUUUCCCAGCGAGUUCGCAGUGCAAGACGUACAAACCGACAACCUGCACCUUUUGUGCCGUGCCAUUCUUCUGUCGCUGCCUUCUGUACAUCGCAACGCCUUCAUUUCUCUGGUUUCAGCCCUGAACGCGCUGCUAAAGGCUGCAACGCAGGUGAUGGGCGCCUCUAUAGGCCCCGCUGGCACCGACACCCCCAAUGUAGAAUCCCACACUUUCCAAGCAGGUGUGUGUGAUUCUGGGGUUGGAGCGGCGUGCGGCGAUGAAAGAAUCUGCAAAGACAACGAUGGUGCAACGGUGUGCGUCGGACACUGCCCAUCUGAGGGGAGCUGUACGGCGGCUGCGUGCCAGCAAGUCGGCGAAGAAGCUUCGAAGUCUGGGGGGCACAUGAGGCAGCGCGCACGGCAGCGAGUCAAAUGCUUGGAAAGCCUCUGCACCCCUGAACUGUUUCGCCACGCGUUGCUGCUAUGGAUAGGCUCCUGGCUCAUGAAGGGCUGCCGCCCAGGGCAGCGUUAUGCAGUGCUCGAUCAUUUUAUAGCGCCUGUAUAG